CUAGCCCAAGGUCACACAGCUGGCAAGCAACAGAGCCAAGACUGGAGCUCAAGCCUGGACUCUAAACACAGUCCGGACUCUAAAGCCUCACUCUGACCCACUCUGCCCAGUGUCGCUGGGUUUAGACCUGUGGCCUCUGGACUCCCGUCCCUCUGUGCCAGCUCAAGCCCACGGGCUUCACAAUCAUUACUCUCCCAGGAGCUCUGUCUUCAGGAGGCACCAAUGGGAAGCUAUCAACCACGUCCUGAGACCUCUGUUCCCUCAAUCUACGUCACAGCCAGAACUGGCCCAAGGAAAAGCAGCACGGCAACAACAAAACAUGGAGACCGCUUUGACUCCAGGAAACACAGAGACCACCUCUGGCUCGGGGGCAGCUCUGCAGACCAUGUGGAAGGCUCGGCUGCCGCCCAGCAGGGCAGCGGAUACAUCACCUCUGACCCCGGGCAGCACAUCCAGAGAGAACAGAGAACGCGGUGGAGACCUCGGCCCCGCACACGGAACCAGGCACCUGCCUUGGCUGCUCUGCCUCAGCCUGGGGGUGCGGGUGGGGGCCGGUUCUGCUGGUUAUGGUCAUCAAAAAAGCUGCACGUGAAAGUCUCAGGUUUCAAAGCUAAAGAAUCAGAGAAUAGCAAUAAAAUGGCACAACUGAGAGCCGUAAUAGCUCAUCCUGGUGGUUUUCACGGCAAGCACAAGUCUGUCACGUGUGGUGGUGUGGAGGCCUGGAGGGCUGCUUUAUGGAGGGACGCGCUGGGGCAGCUUGCAGCCAUUCUCGGCAAGGACAAUUUGGAAAAGUUGUAUUUUAUGUUCGCUAACUCAUUCAAUUCCAGCAACCACCCCACGAGGAAGAAAUUACUAUCGUGCCUAUUUUACAUGGAAGUAAACCGAGCCACGCAGAAAUUAUGUCACUUGCCUAAAAUCCCAGGGUCAGUACGUGUCAAAGCAGAUUCAAACACAAGCAGCCUGGCUCAUACACAUUUUGCUUGAUCAACACCAGCGUGUAUCAGAAGCACCUGGAGCCAGCUGGAAAGUUACGUGAUGCUUGAAGUGACAUCAUUCAGCUACGACACCAAGCCAGUGGCUGCUCUGAGAAAUCUGGGUUAGACGGUGACAGCAUGGAUGUGAAUGCCACUAGGCAAUGGAUCCCACCCUUUUCAUUAGCAAACGGCUUUAUCACCAUGACAUUUAAUAAAUGAAACCGUGACAGCUACGUUGUCUGAGGCCAUUGAUCACCCAACAUCUCUUAUCUCCAAAAGGAAGCCCACUGGCCAGAGGUGUCCUGUUUCAAAGCAGGGAAGACAAGAAUGGGGGUAGAGGAGAGCUCAUUUGAAACCUCUAGUUCCAAAGGCAAAGACCA